AUGACGAUCCAAGACAAGCAGUUCUUGUUCAAGCACUUCUUCUCCCUCCUCUUCUUCUACACCUUCGUGAUGCAGGUCGUGACGCUGAUCUCCGCAAUGGGGCUCUUGAUGAUGUACCGCACUCGCUCCGCGCCAGGGCGCGACUGCGAGCAGCGCUGCGAGCGGUUCGCCAAUCAGUUCCCUGAGCGUGACUGGGUGGAGAUCGACCCUGGUCGCUCGGCGGUGCUGCGGCUCGGCGGCCCCCAGGGGCAUUUGGACUUCGUGGCGGCUUACUUCCCUACGGUCCAACCAGCGACCGCCGCCCUCACCGUGAUCGCAGGAGACUUCAAUUGGGUCACAGAGGAUGCCGACCGCGUCGCCCUCAGGACCGGCUUUGCCUCUGGAGCGAGGGAUCGCGACGAAGAAGAGCGCCAUUGGCGGCAGGUCGCCCUCCAACCGUUCAACCUGCACGAGCUACACCAGCCAGCGAUGACACAUCGCAGUGGCAGUGCGCAAUCGCGGCUCGACCGGCUCUAUUGGAAUCAAGACUUGUCGGAACAACUCGACUGGGAUCUGUUUGCAGCGGCGCUGGAAUGGCAGCCGGAGCUGUCGCACCACCACGCGGUCGCGGCAGGCCGCCGGUUGCCCUCCAGGGUGCAUUCGGCAUCCCGCCCAGUCACGGCAGCUGCAGUCCAGCAUGAGGAUUUUUUGCACAGGGUCACGUUGGCACACAAGGAGUCUCUAGAGACCAUCGAGUCCACCGCAGCACCCUUCCUCAGGCUGUCGCUGCUGAAAGAUGCCAUCCGCCAGGUGGCCGAGGGCAUUUCGCGCGAGCUGCAAACAGGACACCCCGAUGAGGCAACAGAGGACAAGGUUGGCCUCACCAUGCAGUUUCUCAGCGCAGUCGAAGGCGGGCAUACGGGGAGCAUCAGCAAAUGCAUUGAGCGGUACCCCGAGUUGGCCAAACUCGUGGGUAACCCGUACUCCCCAGAGCUGAAACAGGCGGGGCGCUUGCAGGCAGUGCGCAGCCAUGCCGUCGAGCUUGCUCGGGAGCGUGCGGUGGAGGAGCUCCAGCGCUUCAGCGACGAUCUUCCCUCGCUGGACGCCGGGGAGGCGGCUGCGCGGCGGGGCCGCAACUGGCGCCUCAUAUCGAGGCUCGCUCCUGGGCGCCGCCAGUCAAUCCAGGCAGUCAUGGACCCUGCGGGCACUGGGACUGGAUACGCCAGCGGGCCCCCUUCCACGGCGCCGGGCCCGGACGGCCUGCCCUUCGCGGCGUGGAAACGCUUCGGCCCCCUCGCAGUCAACGUCCUCUUCGCGGUGCAAGAGCAGCUGUCUAGCCCCGAUGCGGAGGAAGCAAUCCAGCGUGACUACCCUGGGUACAACGACAGCCUCAUGGCGUUUCUCCCGAAGACACCCACCUCUGAGAGCGACGACGGCACCCCGCAGCUUGCGCCGGCCGACGCUCGGCCGCUGAGCCUGGUCAACGCAGACAACAGACACUUGACCAGCGCGGUUCGACACCGCCUCGAGCCCUUGUUCGCUGAAGAUAUCUCAGCAGAGCAACGAGGCUUUCUGAGUGGGCGCUCUACGUUGGCCGAUCUAAUCGACGUGGAUGAAGCGAUGCAGGCGACGGCACUCACUUGCGAGGACGGUGCAGCGAUAUUUUUCGAUCUUGCCGCCGCCUUCCCGAGCGUGGGCCAGGACUUCCUGUUGGACGUGCUCGCUGACUCAGGGGUCCCGGCGCGCCCGCUGCGAUAUCUCCAAUCGCUCUACUUUCACGACCGCUGCAGGCUGGUCAUAGGGGGCGACGAGCACGAGGGAUUCCCAGUGACAGCCCGGGUUCGCCAGGGCUGCCCCCUCUCCCCGCUGCUCUAUGCGAUCGCUGCGGAUCUGCUGCUUCGGCGUCUCGGUCGGGCCCUCCCCGGCGCCGUCCGUCGAGCGCAUGCAGACGAUGUGGCGGUGGCGACCAGGGACGGGGCGAAGGCGGCGGCUACGCUGGAGCACUUGUUUGACGAGUACGCCUGGGCGCCCGCGGCCGCCCUGCGCGGGCUCCCUCUCCUGGGCUUUCCCGCGCGCCUUCCAGAACUGCCCGCGGCGGCGCUGGCGGCGAAGUACCGAGUGUGUCAAUUUGAGGCGGCGGCGGAGGGCGGCUUGCGCGCGGCCGCCAGAGCAACGGAGCUGCGCGCGACGCGGCUGCACAGCACGGCCCCGCCUGCGCGCCUGGGGCGCUGGAGCAAUUGGUUCAACAGCUCGUUCCUCUUGCAGCUUGAUGCGGCGCAGAGCUACUUCCAUCAGCGCGCGCUGGGCCCGCGCCAGGUGGCACUGGCAGCGGGCACGGCCGACCCCGCGCGCCUGAUGAAAGCGUGGCAGCGCACGCGAGGGCCCCCGCGGGCGUUGGCCGCGUGCUUGCGGACGCUUUGGACCGGCUGGGUCACCGCCCGGCGGUUUCAGCAGCGCGCCGGCUGCUGCUUCGGGCGCGCAGACGGCGAGGACUCCGUGGAGCACUGCGCCGAUUGCCCCUGCGUCGCGGCGGCGGCGGCCGACCUGCUGGGGCUCCCCCUGCUGGCCUCGCGGGAGGCGCGGCUCGCCGGGCCCUUGAUCCCGGCGCCCCCUCACAGCGAGCAGACGGCUCCCCAGCUGCGGCGCCGGGCGCUUCUGACGGCCAGCGUGCACCUGACCCACUGUCGGUGCAGGCACGCCGCAGGCCGCAGCCCGGCUGCCUGCUUGAGCGCGCUGAGGGUGACCAUUCGCCAGUUUCUUUAG